AUGUCUGGAUUUUUGACCGAUGCUGACCUAGAAUAUAUUAUGAAUUUACCCGAUUAUGAGUUCAAUGCAUACAUUGAUGUCCCUGAUGAGGAUAUAUCAGAUGUUGGGGACGAAGAUAAAGAUGAAACUGUCGAAAUUGAUGAAAGUUCUCAACCUAUUUCCGAAGCAGCUGUCUUGAAUUUCAUUCAGUUGGUGGCUGAUGCAGUCAGGAGUGGUGAAGUUAUUGAUUCUGAGCCAAAAUCAGAUGUAAGCGACAACAAUACAAAUGAAGGAUCACCGUCCACACGUGAGCAGCAGCAGCAGCAGCAAGUGAAACAUAGAUGUAAGCGUAGUGAUUAUAAAUUUAGAAAAACUGAUUUUGUGGUACAAGACACAGAAUGGAAUGGAUCACUUCCACCACCACCAGUAGAGGAAAUGACACAUUUGCAUUAUUAUAAAAUAUUUAUGUAUGAUGACGUAUUUGAACUCAUUGCUGAGCAGUCCAAUAUCUAUGCUUUGCAAAAAGAUUCAGUUUCUUUGCAGCCGAGCAAAAAUGAAAUGGAGCAGUUUGUUGGUAUUUUACUGCACAUGGGCAUAAUCAAAAUGCCUUCCAUUCAUUUAUACUGGUCGAAUGAGUAUAGGUAUUCACCAAUAGCUGAUGUGUUGAACAGAACUCGCUUCUUCCAGCUACUGCGGUAUUUUCAUGUUGUCAAUAAUCAAGACUUGCCUGAAGCUAAUAGUAAUAGUGACAAACUCUUCAAGGUUCGCCCACUUUUACCUGCAUUGCAGUCAUCAUUGAAGACACUCCCUCCAGAAGAAUACCAAGCUGUUGAUGAACAGAUAAUACCAUUCAAGGGUAGAAGCGGUUUGAAACAGUUCGUAAGAAAUAAGCCUCACAAGUGGGGCUACAAAUAUUUUACGAGAGCUGGUGCUUCAGGCAUGAUGUAUGAUUUUGAAAUUUAUGUUGGCAAAAACACCUGCAGUGAUAGAGGAUUAGGUUUGUCUGGGGAUAUUGUUUUGUCAUUGAUGGAAACAUUGGCAGAGAAACAGCAUUUCAAAGAGUUUGCUGAUAGUUGGGUUUCGUCUAUACCAUUAGCAAUUGCACUGAAAGAAAGGGGCAUUGAAUUCUGUGGCAGACAGGAUGGGAAAAUGUCCCUUGAAAAUUGA